AUGGAGAAGGACGAUUUCUUGAAGAGUGGUCAUGGAAGAGAAGAAAGCCAUGAAGAGAUGAGAGAACUUGAUUCCUCUCACAAUGAUUCUCAUAAAGAUUACAACCAUAUUAUAAGAUUUAAGAUCUCGUUUAUUAUAUGUAUGCCAGAGAAUAAUUUGUUCAUUUAUAUAAACAACAAUAAUAAUCAUGAGAGAUAA